CAAAAAUCAAGUAAAAUGGAAAGAAAUGAGCCCAAUGAGAGAUGAACAGCGUAUAUUACUAUGUUGACCAUAUACUCAUUAUUAGGAUUCCUUACUUUCCUAGUCCAGACCAGGUAUUUAGUAAAAUAUUUAAGAAUCUAUGGAAUUAAGCAUAGAUUGACAAGUCUUUUUAUGAGUCUCCUGACAUUAUCUAUUCUAUGAGAUAUUGUCUAUGGAGUUUCUCAAGCAUAUUUUAAAAGCCACGAUGGGUGCACCAAAUACAAGAAUCCUUGAUUAAAUUAUUGGGCAUUUUGGAUAAAUUAUUUCAUGUACCUCAACACAAUUAUUGUGCUAUCCUUCACUUAUGUUUCACAAAUAUUGAAACUUCAGAAACGAAGAAGAAGAAAUAAGACUCACCAGAUAAUUGUUUGGACAAUUAUGCUGACCAUUUUGGUAGCAUUGGCAACAUCCUUCGUGAUUGGUGGUGUACAAACUUGUAAGAAAAAAAUUGACCAUUCAACUAAGGUCACACCUCCAAUUCUUGUUCUUACCUGAUCUUACAUGAUAACAGGUGGAGUUUUUGUAGUUCUUUUGUUUUUAUUUUAUAAAGCGCUCAAAAAAAAUAGAACCGGAGACUGAAGGAGUUAGAUUAAGUAGUAAGAUAAAAUGGAGAUUAGCCAUCAGCGCCAUAGUAAUUUUCAUUGUUUUUGAAAUCAGAGGUAGUAUUAUCAUGACUCGGGCUCAAUAUGACUUCUUUAAAGAGUGGAAACGUAAUUCUCUAACCCACAACAAGCUUGGAUAUGUUAUUUACAUUUUCUCUCAUUAUUUGUUUCUGAGUUUGGUUCCAACAAUGAUCCAAAUCUAUCUUAUAAAACUAAGCUUAUCCAUGACUCCCAGAAUUAGUGUGUGGCUGACCGACAGUUAUGGCCAAGAAGACUUUUUAAUUUCAAAAGAUUUUGAAGUUUCUGAGAGUCUUCUGCUCGAUCCGAUUUAUUCUACAGAUUCCGGAUGACUCAAUUCAGAAACUUCUUAGAUAUUACACUUCAGACUAUUCUCCUUGGCCAAGAUUUAAUUAUGUU